AUAGUGGUAAGAGUAGUGGCAUUGGUGAGAGGGUGCAUGUGAGUGUUCUGAACCACUCAACUGAAACGAAAGCUACGAUGAUAAACACCGCACCCAGCUGCUCCUUCCACCGCACCACCACUCUCACAACCUCUCAUUCUCUUCCAUUCACUCCCCUUCACCAUUCAUGUCUACACCACUGCCACUUCUCCUUCGGCACACAACUUCUCCGAUUAAGCAACCUCCGCUGCCACACACUAUCGCCGUUAACCACCAAGACGCUCAAAGUGAAUUGCUCCAUCAGCGAUCCUCUGAAGGUGAUGAUAUCAGGUGCACCUGCUUCCGGCAAAGGCACGCAAUGUGAAUUAAUUUUCCAAAGGUUUGGAUUGGUGCACAUAUCAACAGGGGAUUUGCUAAGAGCAGAAGUGGCAACUGGAACUGAAAUUGGAAAUAAAGCAAAGGAGUUCAUGAACUCGGGCCAACUGGUUCCUGAUGAAAUUGUGACAGCAAUGGUGGCAGCACGAUUGUCUCUCGAAGAUGCUAAGCAAAAAGGGUGGCUUCUUGAUGGGUACCCUCGAAGUUUGGGCCAGGCCCAGAGUCUGGAGAAAAUGCAGAUACGACCUGAUGUCUAUAUAGUAUUGGAUGUUCCUGAUGAAAUUCUGAUCGACAGAUGUGUUGGUAGAAGGCUUGACCCAGUGACAGGGAAGAUAUACCAUCUAACUUUUUUUCCACCGGAGACGGAAGAGAUUAAAGCAAGGCUGGUAACUCGACCUGACGACACUGAGGAGAAGGUGAAAUCUCGCCUCAACAUAUACAAGCAAAAUGCAGAAGCCGUAUCUUCCUCCUACUCAAAUAUAAUUCAUAAGAUUGAUGGCAGCAAUUCAAAAGAAGCGGUUUUCAAAGAAAUUGAAUCUUUGCUAUCUCAAUUGCAACAGAAAAAAGUAAAGCUAGUGAAAUCUGGAGAAAAAUCAAUCCUUGAUACAAAGAAAGGACGGCCAUCUUUGAGCCAGGAUAAGUGGAGAGGGAUUCCUACUAGACUAAACAAUAUUCCCCAUUCUCGAGAAAUCAGGAAAUAUUUCUAUGAUGAUGUGUUACAAGCUACUGAGAGGGCUAUCAAUGACGGUAAAACUAGGUUGAAGGUUGACAUCAACAUUCCUGAGCUGAACCCAGAAAUGGAUGUUUAUCGAAUAGGUACCUUGAUGGAACUUGUUCGAGCUCUUGCCCUCUCUUUUGCGGAUGAUGGAAAACGGGUUAAGGUUUGUGUACAAGGGUCGAUGGGAGAUGGUGCUCUUGCUGGAAUGCCAUUGCAGCUUGCUGGAACUCGUAAGAUUUUAGAGUUCAUGGACUGGGGUGAUUAUGGAGCAAAAGGAACCUUCAUCAAUAUUGGUUCUAUAGGUGCUGCUGAGGUUGAGGAGCAAGAUGACAUGUUUAUCUUGGUGGCUCCUCAAAAUGCUGUUGGGAAUUGUAUUAUUGAUGAUCUCAGAGCCAUGACCAACGCAGCUGAACACAGACCAGUUAUUCUAGUCAAUGCUAGGCUUAAGGAUUUGCCUGGUUCUAGUGGUAUAAUGCAAACGAUGGGGAGGGACCAGAGACUCAAGUAUGCAGCAUCUUUUGAAAGUUGCUACUUCUUUCGACUUCUGUAUUAUGCAGGAACGCAGUAUCCCAUAAUGGGAGCUAUCAGGAAACUGUGGAAGAGGAUACUGUCGAUGAUCAUACCAUGGUCCAAAUCAAAAGUCACAUGGAUAGAAAAAAAGGAAGGAGGAAUACAUCGGAGAUGAAAGAGUAUGAAGCACGUGGGUGCUUAAUUCAAUGAGAGAAUUUGAAUUGUAAAUAAUGAAAGAGUUUUAGACAAUAAAGGAAUAUUCAAACAAAUUAUUGGAUAUUGCUCACUAGAUAAAGUUGUUGGGUGACAAUGUUGUAGAGGUACACAUCUAUAUCCUCAUUGGAGAAUAAAAAUAACAUGCCUAAGAUUAUUGCAAAAGUGCUACAUUCUCUGCAACCCCAACAACAGUGAAGGCUGAUGAAACAUUAUCAUGUUGUUGAAGGUACUUUGCAAGCCAAAUAAAUCAUGAUGUUUAGAAGAAUUAAAAGAAAAUCUUCCAGCAAAAUCAGGCUUCAAUCAGCACAAUAAACAAAAACAUUAAAGGCAAGGAAUAACAAAAGAAAAAAGGCUUUGAACCUUAUAAAAAUUGUAGCAAAAAAGGCCAUCCACCAUUCAGAUGUUGGAGGAGACCAGAUGCAAAAUGCUGCAAGUGAAACCAUAUGGACAUGAAGCUGCGGUUUUCCUCAACAAAAAUCACCAUGUUGAGCUUAGAUUGCUAAUCAAGAGGAGGAAGACCAAUUGUUUGUGGCCACUAGUUUCUUGAGCAAUGAAUCGAUUGAAAGUUGGUUGGUUGAUUGAUAUUGGAUGUACUAAUUACAUGACCUUUGAUAAGGCACUCUUAAGAGAUUUGAGGUCAACUAGUGUUAUCAAAGUUAGAAUUGAAAUGAUCUUAGUCAAAGGAAAGGGGAUUACUCAAGUUGUAUCGGCACAAAACUUAUUUCUAACUUUGUUAGGAGGGAUGUUCACUUUGUGGUAUGUGAAGAAUGAAAUUGGGAUGAACCAAAGAAGAUUGAUCAAGCUUUUAAAGAUUUGUACCAAAACUUUCGCUCAAGUUUAGAAGAUGAAAGUUGGUAGAAUGAGUUAGUUGAUGAUGUUCCUAUAAGAGGUACUAGAUUGUUCUUUUUUUUUUUGUGACAAAUGUAGCAUUGUUGUAUGUGAACCUGCAAACUAAGAAGUAUAACCAAAGACUUUAAUUUGGGUUAUUGUAAUGAAGGUGAAGCUCUUAAUGAUAAGGAGAAAUCAAACCUGGUUUUAGAAAGACAAGACAAGGAAGUUAUUGAAAUGAAAUGGGUAUAUAAGACUAAGCUUAAUAUUGAUGGUUAUAUUAAUGAACACAAGGAUAGACUUGUAGUGAAGGGUUAAGCUGAAGUUUUUGAUGUGGAUUACUCAAUACAUUUGCACUAGUUGUUUGAUAAGACACCAUCAACUUGUUGCUUGGUGUAGAUGCUCAACAAAAUUUGAAAGUUUGUCAACUUGAUGUCAAAUUAACAUUUUUAAAUGGAUCCUUACAAGAAGAAACUUUUGUUGGGCAACCCCAAGGUUUUGUAAAGGAAGGGGAAGACAAUAAGGUUUAUCUUCUUAAGAAGGCUCUUUACUAGUUAAAACAAGCCCUAAAAGCUUGGUACAACAUAAUUGAGAUGAACAUUUUCUUGCUGAGCUUGGGAUUUUCCAUGAGCUUGUCAGAGUCGAUGGAGCUGAUUAUCUCACUCUACAUUGUAACGUAAACAAUAAGCCUUUGGAGAAAUUUAAGAAGGAAUGAUGGUGGUGUUUAAGAUGACAAAUCUCACUUUAAUGACCUUUUUUGGGACGGAAAUCAAACAAGUAGAACAUGAAAUAUUCAUUUGUCAAAAAACAUGUGCCAAGAAAUUUUGAAGAAAUUUAAACUUGAAGAAUUAAAGAAUUGAACAUUUCUAUGAAUAAAAAGGAAAAUAUCGAACAAUGUAAAUAGACUAGACAUAUUUUAUAAGCAUGAAUGGUUGUUUGAUGUAUGUUAUGGCCACUUGACCUGAUAUCCUAAAUUAUGUAAGUAUUAUGCAUUGUGCAAGUGAAAUGUCCUGAAAGUUGCAAAGAGUGUUUUGAUAUGUCAAAGCUAAUUUGCUUCUCUAACAAUGAUUGGUGACUUGAUUGAUGAUAUGGGGACUACUUCAAGGUACUAUUUUGGCUUCGGAUUGAGUUUUUCUCAUGGAGCUCAAAAAACAAGAAAUUGUUGCUCAAUCAGCUUUAGAAGUUCAAUUUGAUGCUAUCACCCCUAUUGUCAACCUAGGAAAAACUAAGCAUUUUAACAUUAAGUUAUUUUUCUGAAGACAAGUGUUUUUACCACGCUAUUACCUAUUACCAAGUUGAAGUUCUUAAUAUAGAAUACUGGAGAUUGCAAUUCUUAAUGCAAAGAGGAGUGUUAAAUAUUUGCUUUAUGUAUUGCACAUGAUUUUAUAUUUCUGUUUCAGUUUGGUGAAAACAUAAAUUUAUAAUAGUUGGACAAUUUUUCUUACGGAGCAAGUUUGUUAGUUGGUGAUAAUUCUUAUUAAGUGGUUUAUGUUUAAUUCAACCUACAAAAACUGACUUAUAAAGUAAGGAUUACAUAUUACUUAUAAGUUAUAUGUUAUAAAUUGACCUUAUUCAUAUCAAUAAUUAUGUCUCUUAAUUUGUCAGUCUACGAUUUCCCACAAUUAUAAAUGUUAACGUUUUUUAUCCAUAGAAUAACAGAUUCCUUGUUUGCAGCUAAAUAUUUAGACGUAUUUUGCCUUUCUUCCUCUUUUUUAUUAUUUUUGUCAUAGUUCCAACAACAAUGUUGAAAGUGUAAAGCUUCGUUACCAUGAUUUGAGUGUUGAGAAAACACCUUCCCUAAUUGUAAUAUAACCAAAUUAGAUAUUUAAUUCUUUUAUAUGCUCAAAAUACAAGCACAUUUUUUAUCUUCUGCAAGUACACAAUAUGUUACUGUAAAUUAACUUCUUUUG